CUGCCAAUAGCGUUUUCGAGUGGCAUUAUAUGUGGGCUGCCGGGACUGUUUUUCAGGGCGGACGAUAUCAUGGCCGAAUCGUUUUGCCCAGCAAAUACCCGUUCGGACCGCGGGUCGUUAUGCUUCUGACCUCAAACGGUCGUUUUGAAGUGAACGAGAAUAUAUAUUUGUCAAUUUCAAGUUAUCAUCCUGGGCGGUGGCAGCCCGCGUUGGGUAUCCGCACUGAUGGAAGCUCUCAGAAGCUUCAUGCCGACCCCUGGAGAAGGAGCCAUCGGGGCGUUGGAUUGGCCUGGGGAGACUCGUCGGCAGUUGGCGAUGGGAAGUCGAUCAU